AUGGUGUCGCUCUACGACUUGAUGAUGCUGCAGCAGCAGUUCAGCCAUCUCUCCACCUCCAUCCCCUCGCUCGAUGCCCUCUUCCUCUCCAACAUGGGUCCCCGCCACAGAGUGUACGAUUUCCAGGCUGGCCCUGGCAACAGCGCCCUCUACACAGUCACGGCAUCGCUCGUGGUGUCCCACUUGGCUCACAGCCCCAAAAACAGGGCCGUGGUCAUCGACACCCUCGAGCACUUUCCCUGGCACUAUCUCACCACCAAUCCCCAGUUUGACCAAGCAUGGCUCGACCAUAACCUCGUCUCCUACACUGCAGACACGUUUGGCAAGCUCAUGGCGUUGCUCGCGUCGCCACGGCUCGUGCCGCCAGGCGACACGGCCACCACCAUCGUCGUCAUCAACGGGUUCCACGAGUUGGUGGAAUUCUACAAGCUCGAGCUCUCUGCGAGCUACGAAGAAGCGCUCCUCAAGAGCCACCUCGAAAGAAACGCGCUUUUCCUCUCCAACCAGCGCCAGUUCCAGCAGGCUGGCACUACCAGCCCCCUUCCCGAACUCCCACCGUCCUCGGACCUCUUGACUGAUAGUCCAGCUGCCAAGUUCGAUGCCCAUCUUCACGCGUUGUUGAACUUAGUGUCUGGCGUGGCCUUCAAACACGAUCUGGUGUGCAUCUUGCUCGGACACUUGGACACCGCCUACAAGCUCGAUUCAGCCUCCCAGGACACUUCUGGUGCCACUGACACCUCCCAGUACUCGUCCAAGGGCCGGGUGGUGCUAGCACCAGCUCUCGUUGGAAACAGACACCACCGGAACAAAGUCGCGCUAGAGUCGUUUAUCACCACCAGGCUCGUUUUCUACAAGGACUGGUACCACAACAGCGUACACUACCGCGAGGCCCAGGAGCGCAAUGACAGCUACCGCGAGAACGACCGCGAGGGCUACCGCGAGACUCACCGCGAAAAGCACCUUCCCUCCAGACGAGUGGACCCAGCAGCCUUGCGGACCGUAUACGCCGUGAGGGUGGAGCAUUUGCAGGCAAUGGCGUCGGAAACCCCCACCGUAUUCUUCGACUACGAUGACAUCGACUACCGUCUU